UCUUCCUGAUCAGCUGCUGGUGCACGUAUAUGAGUUUAAGGAAAUGGCAGAAAACUCUAAAACAAGCAGAGACCAAGAAGAGAUGAAAGAAAACCAUUCACAGCACAAGAUUUACCUUGAUUACAACGCUACUACACCUGUUACGGCAGAAGUGGUAGAAGCUGUGGAAGAAGCUUUGCGUGAUGCCUGGGGUAAUCCCAGCAGCAGCUACCCUGCAGGAUGCAAGGCCAAGCAGCUGAUAGACACAGCACGAGCGCAGAUUGCUAGGAUGGUAGGAGGAAAGGCAGAGGAUAUCAUCUUCACCUCCGGGGGCACAGAGGCCAACAACAUGGUGCUAUUGUCUGCAGUGGAAAACUACAAGAUACCAGCAGAACAAAGUCACAAUACUGCUAAUGGGACCUUGCCACACAUUAUUACCUCGAAUGUGGAGCAUGAUUCUGUGGCACUGCCACUCCUACACCUUCAGAGGACACGCAGUGCGGAAGUGACCUUUGUACCAGUCUCUAAAGUGACUGGACAAGUUGAAGUAGAAGAUGUAAUUGCUGCUUUACGUCCCAACUCAUGUCUGGUGUCCAUCAUGCUGGCAAAUAAUGAGACUGGGGUCAUCAUGCCUGUAAGCGAGCUGUCACAGCGAUUGGCUGCUAUUUCUCAAGAACGUGUAGCUCAGGGACUUUCCAGGAUUCUUUUUCACACGGACGCAGCUCAAGCUCUUGGGAAGGUGGAGAUUGAUGUGCAGGAGCUGGGAGUCAAUUACUUGACCGUUGUAGGGCAUAAGUUUUAUGGGCCUCGUAUUGGGGCUUUAUUUGUGCGUGGUCUUGGACAGCUGUCGCCACUGUUACCAAUGUUGUAUGGAGGAGGCCAGGAGCGAAACUUCCGUCCAGGUACAGAGAAUACACCAAUGAUUGCUGGCCUCGGAAAGGCCGCAGAGCUUGUAUCCUCACACUGCACUGUAUACAGGAGUCACAUGCAAGAGGUUCGAGAUUAUCUUGAGCAAAAGCUACAGGAAGUUUUUGGGGACAAGAUCCGUUUUAAUUCACGUUUCCCUGGGUCAAACCGCCUUCCAAACACAUGCAAUGUAUCUCUUUUAAGGCCUGCUGCACUUGGUCGUGAGUGGCUGUCGCAUUGUCAUUAUCUUCUGGCCAGUGUAGGAGCAGCGUGCCACUCAGAUCGGGGAGACAGCCCAUCUCCAGUGCUGCUGAGUAGUGGGGUGCCACUAGAUGCUGCCCGAGGUGCAAUACGUCUUAGUGUAGGACGAGAAACGUCUCGAGAAGAUGUGGAUUUGAUUGUCCAAGACCUCGAGCAAGCAGCCCAGGCCUUGGAAGAAAAGACAAGGAUGUGCAGAAAUUAGAUAAACACGAGGAAAGAUAUAUUUGUAAAUGUUUAGCGGAUAAAGAAGAAAUAGGAAAGAUGAAGGUGUUGUUUCACUAUAUGCCAAUGGAGGGCAGUUUUCUUUAAAGGAACAUUAAACUAAAAAAAAAUUAUAAUAUGCUUGUGACAGAGCAAUAAUUAAUGUGCAUAGAAUUGAUCAGCAGUUUAGCAUGGAAUUGCCAAAAAGCUGAAGAAAUUUUUUUUAAAUCUAUUUUGGUUGAAGAAUUUUCAAGGUUUUGCAAAUCAAGUGCAGUUCAGGGAAACGUCUGGUGGAAUUCAUGUUCCAAACUAUUUUGUUGUAGGCAGUAAAAGACAUAUGGAAAUGAGCUUCUGUUCUCAUCUAAGCAUUGACUGUGUAGAAUUUUGGGGGAAAUCAGUCAAUUUCAUCAAGUUUACAUAUGAUGGAGAUACUCCAGCCUCUUACAGCAAAAAUGAAUGUAUAUUGCAAUAUUGUAUAUUUUUGAAUUAAACUUUUUGGCUAGAUUA